ACAACCUACACAGCACUGCUUAUCUUCUGUCAUCACACCAUGGCAAUAACGGAGAGUAUCAUUCUGGAGUUUCCAUAUGUAGAGGGAUCUUCUGAUUAUGACAAUAUGACAGAGGGCCCCCAAAUCUCCGAAUGCAAUAAGGACUUGCAGCUGUUCCACAAAAUGUUCCAGCCUGUGGUGUAUGGGGUGGUACUCUUGGUAGGUCUCCUGGGCAACGGGCUGCUGAUGGCUGUACUACUGAGGCGCCUGGGAAGCCUGCGCGUCACUGAGAUCUACCUGCUGCACCUGGCGCUGGCUGACCUUCUCCUGCUCUUCACCUUCCCAUUCACACUGAGCCAGAGCAUGGUUGGCUGGGUGUUCGGGAGCUUCAUGUGCAAAGCGGUGGGCCUGCUGAGCUUCCUCAACUUCCUGUGCGGGAGCCUCCUACUGGCCUUCAUCAGCUUCGACCGCUACCUGGCCAUCGUGCGAGCCGUGGAGAGCAUGCGGGCCCGGCGGCCGAGGGGCGUGCACUUCACCUGCGCCUCCAUGUGGCUCCUCAGCCUGUGCCUGUCCGCACCCAACGCUGUGUUCAUGUCCGUGGACACCGAACACAUCGCCAACACCACCGUGACGUACUGCUACUUCUUCAGCCACGGCCUCCACAGCAACAACUGGAACCUGGCCAGGCGCUUCAUCACCCACCUGUGCUUCUUCCUGCCGCUGGCCCUCAUGACCUACUGCUACUCGGCGGUGGUGUUCACCCUGUGCCGCACAACAAGGAGCCGCGACAAGCAGGGCGCCAUCCGACUGGCCAUGCUCAUCACCGUGGUCUUCUGCCUCUCCUGGCUGCCCUACAACCUGGCCCUGCUGGUGAACACCCUGGUCGACUUGGACAUCAUCUCCCUGAGCUGCGAGAGCUUGGCCCAGCUGGAGAGGGCGACAGUGGUGACGGAGAGCAUUGGCUACUCGCACUGCUGCAUCAACCCGCUGCUCUACGCCUUCGUCGGGGUGCGGUUCCGCCAGGACCUCCUGCGGCUGCUGGGGCACUGGGGGUGCCGAUGGACCCCAUGCCUGCGUGCCAUGAGGGGGGAGAGAGCCAGCAACGCUUCCUUUUCGGAGGGGGCAGGCACCACCAACAGCAGCCUCAUCUGAGCAAAAACGAGACCCCGUGCCACCUGUGCCUCAAACAACCACAGGCUAGCAGACAACAGGAAGUGGAUGAAGGGCGGACGAGAGCUGAGCACCCAGUGAUUCUACCUGAAACCACUGUCA